GUGCAAUAAUCUCACUGUUAAAUUGAAGGCUAUACUUAUAAAUGAAGGUGCGUAAUAUAUUCCAGUCCCAUUGCGCAAUGGAAUGGCACUUGGCUUCCUCGUCAAGAUAAAGCUUAUCGCCAGAAUCUUUAUAUCUAUUUUGACCAAAUCCCUCCACUUUGUUUCAGUUCAGUGCAGUACGCUUGUCUUGCUAGAUCGGCGUUAUCUCCAGUUUAGACGUUUAUCAGCCUCUUUGCAUGUCACGUGCCUCCACUCGUCCAAUAAUAGUUGGAUCCUGACGCACACGGGACGCGUGGGUAUCUGUUACUCCACUGAUCCACUGCUUCCCCUUCAGUCUUGGGGAAUUCUAAAAGAGCUGCUAGGCUCCAUGUAGGGCGUGCUAUGACAGCGUCUUUACUCCUCCAUUCCCGCUGGAUUGACCCGGUGAUGUUUCUCUAUGACAACGGCUUGGAGGAUAUGAGCAAAAACAUGGAAGGAUUUGUGGGAGGCAAUUUCGCUGCUAACCAGUGCAGGAACCUUAUUGCGCACCCGUCUUCUUUGGCCCCGAGCACAACCUACACGUCGAGUGAGGUGCCAGGAUCGGGCAUGGGGGAACCUGUCAAACAAUGCAGUCCGUGUUCAGCCGUACAGAACUCUCCCAGUGCUUCUUUGCCCUAUGGAUAUUUUGGCGGCAGCUAUUACCCGUGUAGGAUGCCCAAGUCCUGCACGCAGCCCAGCUCCUAUGGGGAAAAAUACAUGGACACGUCUGUUUCUGGAGAGGAGUUCCCUUCCCGUGCUAAGGAAUUUGCCUUCUACCAAGGUUACUCAUCUGGCCCUUACCAGCCUGUGGCGAGUUACCUCGACGUGCCAGUCGUCCCUGCGCUGAGCACCCCUGCGGAACCCAGGCACGAGUCUCUUCUGCCCGUCGAAACGUACCAGCCCUGGGCAAUCACGAACGGAUGGAGCAGUCCGAUGUACUGUCCUAAAGACCAAACACAGUCAAACAGCUUAUGGAAAUCGUCUAUUCAAGACACCGUCUCGGGUGGCGAUGUAGCCUCAGUGCGUCGAGGAAGAAAGAAGCGGGUUCCCUACACCAAGGUUCAGCUGAAGGAACUAGAACGAGAAUAUGCCACAAAUAAGUUCAUAACCAAGGACAAACGAAGAAGGAUAUCUGCUCACACAAACCUGACCGAGCGGCAAGUGACCAUCUGGUUUCAAAACAGACGGGUGAAGGAGAAGAAAGUGGUCAACAAGUACAAGGGCAUCAGUUAAGGUCUGAAAGAAUGACAAACUGAGAUACCAAAGGGGUAUAAAUGGAAGGACCUUCAACAUUAUUUAUUCUGAAAUCCAUUCCAUCAUCAUCUGUUCGACGUCGAGAUGCGCAGGGGGGAAAAUCUAUAUUUUACUUCCCUGUGUAGCCUACAAAUUGCCAAGACACUGACACUGAUAAAAGGCGAAGAUACUGCUCAAGAACAAUGAACCCAUAUUCACCACUUGUUUUUUUAUUUUUUAUUUUUUGGUCUAUAAUGCAAGCUAUAUUAAGGCAAAGACGUGGGAGGAAUGUAAAAUACACGUUCAUCUUAGAAAAUCAGUGAAGUAUAAACAAACAAAACCAUGGAAUUUCGUGUAUUUUUUAUUUUUACACAUCAGAAACAACUGUACCUUUUAGACUGUAGAUGUGCAUGCUACGCUAACUGUACAGUAAAUUUACCCCAAGUCGUGACAGAGUUUUGUUUUGAGCUUUUAUUUUCUAUUUACCCGUGCAUUUGUAUAUAGCAAAAGUGGCUUCCGUGGAAAUACAUUAAUGUGUUACUCCAGACAGUAUGCAAAUAAAACUCCCCAUAUUAAAUGAUGUACUGCCAUAUUUGUAUCUUUAUAAUUAUUACGAAUGUCAACAUUCUGCCAAAUUGUUUAUUGUAAAUUAUCAGUUUCUUUUUAAUGUAUCGAUUGAAUUCAAUUCCCAGAAAAGAAUGAGUAAAAUAGAAGGAUAUCAGCUGCUAAUACGAAUAGAUGUGAUGUUGUUGUCUUUAGCCAAAUCACUGAUGAGACGUGAAAAGUGAUUUCUUUUUUUGUCCCAGAACAAAUGUUCUCCAAGAGCCCAUUUCCGUGAGCGUAACGGUGCUGCCAUCUAGUGGCAAAAAUAUGUAUCUGCCUUAACUUCCCGCAGAUGGUUCAUUGUUCCUCAUAGAAGUAUUUGCGAAAAACCUCUGAAAUCUGAGAACUCUAGAUUCGUGUUUGCGUUAUUAAAUAGCAAAGAAGUUAAAAGUUUGUAUAAUAACCCGUUUUGCGUAUUCCCAGUCAUCUGACUUGACAAUGACUUUGGAUUCCAAAAGUCUGUAGUAAAAUAGCUAUAAAAUCAGUGUUUGAGUCGAUGUUUUCUGUGCUUUCUGCAAUUUAUUUUGCAGUGUAAAUGAACCUACUUGAAUCUGAAUCAUACAGUCAAAAAUAUAAAUUCGAGAAAGAGGGGAGUGAAAGGCAGAGGAAAAAGUAUGCAGUCCGAUAUUAGUAGACUAUUUACUUCUCCGAAUGAUCUUUAGCCUAUAAAGCAUAGCAACGACCUAAAUACAG